CUCCCCAGCAAACAUCCCUAACAUCUCCUAUGAUGAAAUAUAUUGCUCUGUUGGUGUGUUGUGUGGCAAUUACCACUGCCCAGAUAUGUUUCUACGAGGGUAAAUAUUACCAUGAUAAAGAGAUAUUUUAUGAUAGCGAAUGUUCACAGUGUGAAUGUUUAUUAGGAAAUAUCAUCUGUACACAUUUGGUGUGUACAAAUCCACGAUGUGUCGACUAUGAAAGUAAAGAUUGUUGUUGGCAUUGUCCAAACGGGAAUAACUGUCCGUUGCCAGAUAGUGAUGAAACCAUUCCUAGUGACGGAGAAUUCCAUAAAACCAAUUCCACCACAAUGUGCAUGUGUCCAACGAUUGACGAUUAUUCAAAUUCUAACACAGAUCCUGAGAUCCAAGAGGCGGUUUGCCAAAAUAUGGAAGGAAAUUCUGAGAAAGUGGAAGAUGAAACAUGUUAUUACAAUGGUACAGUUUACAAAAACAAGGAGAUGUUUCGAACCAAUACUUGUCACAAUUGUCAAUGUAUUGCUAAAGUAAUUGUAUGUAAAAGAAUUGAAUGUGUCAAUCCACUAUGUGUUGAUUAUGCAGUUAAGGACUGUUGUUGGGAGUGUCCUAACGGAAUGAACUGUAAAGCACCUAAUGGUAAAAUUAUGCCAAACGAUGGCAAUUUCCACAGUAUCAACUCAACUACGGUGUGUGAAUGUCCCGAAAUAAAAAUAGAGCUACCCGCAUUAAGUAAAGUUUACCUCAUGGAUGCUGUGUGUAAAAAUAAAGAGACAACUUCAACGGUACCGCCUCCAUCCACAACCGAACUGAAUGAAAACGAUAGUGCUAAAGUACCAACGACCAAAGCCCCAUUCUAUAGAACAACGUGCGAACCAUGUCCAGACCCCAUGAAGCUUCCUGCUAAAAAGUUGGUAUUCAAGAUAAUGUCCUCUUGGAUAUUUCAACUGGCACAAUCUCUAGAAAAGAUGGAAGAUUGUAUUUUUUGAAGUUUCUUAGCGGUUC